UUAAUCAUCGUCAUUUUAUUAUAGUGAGAAGAUAAAUAAAUAUUUACCUUUUAUUUUCCUUUAAUCGUAUCGCCAUUAAUAUUAAAUUCUUGUGCAACAACUUAUUAAAAAACACUUUCAAUAAACCAGGUAAACCGCUACUGGCUACGUACACACUAUGGGCGCUGUCCUAGGGAUUUGUUCAGCAGCACAGCUCGCCUGUUGCUGUGGGAGCACCGCGUGUUCCCUCUGCUGUUCAGCAUGUCCAUCAUGCAAGAACUCCACAUCUUCCCGCAUUAUGUAUGCAUUGAUGCUGCUACUAGGCACCAUCGCUGCCUGUAUCACUUUGUCUCCGGGUCUUCAGGAUGCCCUUAAAAAGGUUCCAUUUUGUAAAAACAGCACAUCAGUGGGGAGUGCAUUAGUAUCUGAAUCGAUAACUUUUGACUGUAACAAUGCUGUCGGAUACUUGGCUGUUUAUAGGAUAUGCUUCAUACUUACCUGUUUCUUUGCCUUAUUUGCUGUUAUGAUGAUUGGAGUUAAGAGUUCAAGGGAUCCGAGACAAGGAAUUCAAAAUGGGUUCUGGGGACUAAAAUACCUCAUAGUCAUCGGAGGUAUAGUUGGAGCAUUUUUCAUACCAGAAGGUACCUUCGGAGUGACCUGGAUGUGGUUUGGUAUUUUGGGAGGCUUUCUCUUCAUCCUGAUUCAGCUCAUUUUAAUUAUUGACUUUGCCCACUCGUGGGCCGAGGCGUGGGUCGGAAACUAUGAAGAAACCGAAUCCAAAGGGUGGUAUUUUGCCCUUAUCGGAGUCACUUUAUUAUGUUAUGCCUUAAGCAUUGCCGGUUUUGUUUUGCUUUAUGUUUUCUUUACGCAGUCCGAGUCGUCCCCUUGCAGCCUAAAUAAAUUCUUCAUCUCAAUAAACUUGAUAUUUUGUGUUAUUGUUAGUGUGAUCUCGAUUUUACCGGCUGUUCAAGAUAAACUACCGAGAUCCGGGCUGCUUCAAUCUUCCGUUGUGACUUUAUAUGUUGUCUACCUUACUUGGUCUGCGGUGUCUAAUGCCUCAAAGGAAUGUAACCCAGGUCUCUGGGGUAUUUUCGGAGGCGAGUCUUCAGGAGGAAACUUUGACAUCAUCGGCUUGAUCAUUUGGAUGCUAUGUGUACUGUACUCCUCACUGAGGUCUGCCAGUAAAUCAUCAAAAUUAACCAUGUCUGAAAAUAUAUUGGCUCACGAUAAUGGAGCAGUUAAAGGAUCUGGAACUGAUAACCUUGUAGUUAAUGAAGGUAACGAUGGAGGUGAGAGCGGCGACGGUAAGAAGGUCUGGGACAACGAGGAAGAUUCCGUCGCUUACAGCUGGAGUUUCUUUCAUGUGAUGUUUGCUUUGGCCACCCUGUAUGUUAUGAUGACUUUGACUAACUGGUAUAGGCCUAAUUCCGACAUUCACCAGUUCAACACCAACCCCGCAUCCAUGUGGGUUAAGGAAAUUUCAAGUUGGCUCUGCCUCGCUCUGUACGCAUGGUCUUUGAUCGCACCAGUUGUCUUGGUUGACCGGGAAUUUUAGAGAAAAGGAGGGAUAUUAACUGAUAUUUUAAAGGAAAACUACUGUUUAUUGAAAUUUUUAUCCUAAUUGAUAUAAUAAUAUUUUGCCAUUAGUCACCUACUCAAUAUAUUAGAGAAUAUUUAUGGCUUACAGUCUUACUCUUAUGAUUAUUUAUCUUUAUAAUAUAAUACAACAAAAUAUAUGUCCCGAAAUAAGUGAAAAAGCAGAUUUUUCAUGUACGUUGUAAAGUUUAGGGCAGUUUUUACCAAAAGAUGUUACGAUUAUAAAAAAAAAUAUGUUUUGAUGCCAAAGAGAAAUGAUCACUAUAAAUUUAUAUAAAAACAAGUGGCUGGUAUAUAGAUUAAAAUCGCAUUUUUGGGACCGCCUAGAUCAAGUAUUUAAGCUAUGACGCUAAACGUAGAUUACUUAGCCUAUUGUGAUACCGAAUUUAAACUUAAGUUUUAUUUGUCUUAUAUAAUAUUUAAAUAGAUGUUUUUCUUUGGAAA